AUGGAGAAAGAAGCGCCAUGUAUCAUAAAGCGCCUUAAGGUUAUAACAGGGAACCGAUGCAUGGACUCAAUUGAUAGGCUGAGCAGCCUGCCGGACGCCGUCCUCCACCAUAUUCUCUCCUUUCUACCCACCAAGAGAUCCGUACAGACCAGCAUCUUAUCAAGAAUAUGGAGGCAUUUGUGGACACACGUCCCUGAUAUAGAUUUUGACGGCUCUCAUUUUUGGAAUACUGAUCUAGAAUUAGAUGGGGGCAAGAGAUUGUCGGACAUCAUCUACAGAGUGAUGCUCCAGUACAAAGUGCAGGGCAUGAAUAAUUUUCGCCUCAUUUACAAUAAAAAUUGUGGCUUGCCCCUUUGCAUCUUCACCUACGCCUCCCUUGUGGAUUUAAUGCUCUUUCAAUGCGGUCCAAUCCCCAUGUUGGACUUCGUGCGUCUGCCUGCUCUUAAUAAGCUUCAGAUUCAUGAUGUUAGUUAUAAGUCUGAGUUUGGAUGCCUCACUACCUUGCUGUCCGGUUGCCCGGUGCUUGAGGAGUUGAACUUGGUGUCAGAAAACGUGCCUCCCGGAUGUCAAGUUGCACCACGGUUGUACGCCUCGACGGGUUAUGCCUUAUAUGCUACUGUGCUACCAUUUUUGGGCAGCCUCUGUUACGUGACGCGCUUGCAACUGGCAACUGGGUUGAUUGCGCAUCCUGAGAAUGUAUUCUCUGCUGUGCUGGUCAAGUUUCCUAAUUUGCUCGAAGUCACACCGAAAACUAAAUGGCGCUUUAUCCCCUUUUUUCUUGAAAAUGCUAAUAAUCUUAAAAAGUUUACAGUCGCUACGUUGGAUAAUCGUCGGAAAUGGUGGAUAGAGCCCCAUGCAGUGCCUUCAUGCUUGUUUUCAAGUCUCAGAUUUAUCAGAUUACUAUGUUUUACGUGUACAAAGCAAGAGUUUCAGAUGGUUGCUUAUGUCUUGAGGAAUGCUAAAGUCUUGGAGAGGGUUGAAUUGUCUUUGCCCCGACUUUAA